AUGGGGACAGGGGACAUUAGGGAUGAGUUCCCUGGGUCAGGAGGAGAAAGCAAUGAGCAUCAGAAGCCUGGAAAGGGCUGGGAGGGCUGGGAAGCAGGAGGGGGUGGAGGUGAGCUGGGACAAGAUGAAGGGGUGCCGAACUGCGUCUCCACCCCCGACAGUAACAGGCAGGUGACCAUGGGCCACCACGUGGAGCAUCGCUGCGUCUCUCCGAUGCCCCUGCAAUGGAGGAUUACACAUAGCUCUCGCUGGAUAGCGCAGGUGUUGGCCUCAGAGCUCAGCCUGAUGGCCUUCAUCCUGCUGCUGGUCAUGGUCUUCUCCAAGAAAUGGCUGUACCUCUCGAGGAUCCGUUUCUACCAGCACUGGCCCAUGAAUGUUAGCACCAAAAUCGACACGUCGGUUCACAUGAUGUCCCUGGGGCUCCUGCAGAUCUGCAAAUCCAAGAGCUGUUCCAACUCAGAGAAUGGGAAAGUUUUCUUCACUUUAUUCACCCUCAUACUGUUCCCUAUUAACGUCUGGAUCUUCGAGCUGAAGAAGAAUUUAUCAGUCCCCAUCGGCUGGAGCUAUUUCAUUGGUUGGCUGGUGUUUAUCCUAUAUGUCACCUGUGCGGCGCUCUGCUACUUCAACCAUACAAGGUCCUGGUGUCUGAUUCUGAGCCAUCCCUCUGGCACCGUGUCCUCCAGCAGCUCCGUACACGAAUCUGUGAAUGAGCAAGUAGCCUCAAACACGGCUGUCGAUCAGGAGGAAGUCCUGGACCCUGAGUAACAGAAGGCAUCUCUGUAA